CCGCUCUUCUCUCAUCACCAGGAAGCACCACUGUCUUUUCCAUCGUCUUUCUUGCGGCUGAGUAACUAUGUCUGACAUAGAGGAAGAGAAUGAGGAUCAGCAGGAGGAAGAAGAGGAACGUCCUAAAUACAAGCCCAUGGUCUCCCAGCUCGCUGCCCCCAAAAAUCCUGAGGGGGAUAGGGUGGACUUUGAUGUGAGCCGACAUGACAUCCACAGGAAGAGAAUGGAGAAGGAUCUUCUGGAGCUGCAGACCCUGAUCGACGUCCAUUUUGACCAGAGGAAGAAAGAGGAGGAAGAACUCAUUGGGCUCAAGGACAGGAUUGAGAACCGCAGAUCAGAGAGAGCAGAGCAGCAGCGUGUGCGAGCGGAAAAAGAACGGGACAGACAGACGAGAAUUGCGGAAGAGCGGCAGAGGAAGGAGGAUGAGGAAGCCAAGAAAAGGGCAGAUGACGACGCCAAGAAGAAGAAAGUGCUCUCUAACAUGGGGGCUCACUUUGGGGGUUUCUUGGCAAAGGCAGAACAGAGGAGAGGGAAGAGACAAACAGGGAGGGAGAUCAAGAAGAAGACACUGGCGGAGAGACGCAAACCCCUCGCCAUUGACAACCUGAGAGAGGACGGCCUGAGGGAGAGAGCUAAAGAGAUGUGGGAGUGGAUUUACCAGCUCGAGUCAGACAAAUUUGACCUGACUGAAAAGACGAGACGACAGAAAUACGAGAUAAACGUUCUUCUGAAUAGAAUUUCUCAUGCCCAGAAAUUCUCCCUCUAUCUCUGCAGUAAAAAGGUCCAUGGUAAGGGAAAGGUCGGGGGUCGCUGGAAGUGAGCACACAGUGGAAGCAGUGA